AUGUUUGCGUGUCAGGGCCGGCAAACGUCGGAUGGGACAAGCAAUGGAGCAGUCGAAGUUGUCACUGAACCAGAUAGCACUUCCGAAGACGAACUGGAAGAUGACAACGUAAUGGACACAGUCGUGAUAGAAGAUGAUGAUGAAGAGGAACCGAGCGCAAGACGACGAUCUACGGAUAUACGUUCAAACAUCAAGUCAUGCAGGUUUUGGGAAUUCGCAGUGGGACGAACUCGCAUACUUAGCGGUUUACGCAAUCCCACAGAGGAGUCACUUGAAACACUAAAAGAAGCCCUUCAUUGUAUGGAAGAAUUUGCUAGAAAAACAGUGGCACUCGAGAUGAAAAUAGAUAGUCAACCUCUUGUUCGAAGGCCUGACGUGCCUACAGUUGGACGUCCCCAACCAUUUACGCCCAUUCGCAAGUUACAUAAGAGAUCGCAUAUACGCAAGACUGGAGAGCCGAAACGUGUACCUUUUCAAGUGUUUCCGGACUAUGAUGUUAACGAUAGACAUACAGUGCCGGGUGUCUCAGAAUGGAGCCGGUCGAGGGCACGGGAGAGAAUUCUGGCAAAAGCUGACAUAAUGAAGACUUUUUGUUCUAUCACUGCGAUAAUCUUCAUUGUCUGUGUACUCGUCGGUGAGGCUUACAGAUCUGAUAUCUACCCGGAACAUCAGCCUAUCGGAAAAACCCGCUUUACAAAGCCUAUUCCGUAGAGCCCUGCGUCUUCCUCAACUUAUGGCUUGCUCCCGAAGUUACGAAUAAAAGCUAGUUC